GAUGAACACAUUCAGACUCUCUCUCUACAUCACAGCGAUCAGAGCAUCUUCCGGAGGAGUAAAGCAUACUUUUAUGAACUAACCCAGUUUAUUAGACUCAUAUGAGGAUGAUUUGUGUAUUAUUUUGUCUAGUUUUAUUUGUCGGGUCAGGGGAUGCGAGUACACGAGCAGUGAAGAUGAGCCUGGUGGAGUCUUCCACACACGAACUCUCAGCCCGUCGGACUCCCGUGUCAGCCCAUCACGCUGAGGAAGAGUAUGAUGAAGAUCGUGUGACCCGGACACAUCACGCGCAGAGAGUUCCACGCGGCUCCAAAUCAAAACAACCGUCUGCUCACGAGCACCGACACCUCCCGAGACCGCAUCCUGAUCCGGACAGCUUCUUCACCACACCCCGGACCUUUAACGGGUCUCUGCGGGUUCAUAACCCGUUAUACCCGCUCACGGAGGAGUCGUACAGCGCGUACGCGGUCAUGACGUUGUCUCUGCUCGUGUUCUCGGUGGGUGUCGUGGGGAAUCUCGCGCUCAUGUGUAUCGUGUGGCACAAUUAUUACCUGAAGAACACGUGGAACUGUGUGCUGGCCAGUCUGGCCCUCUGGGACUUCACAGUUCUGUUCUUCUGUCUGCCCAUCGUGAUCUUCAACGAGCUCACCAAGAGGAGACUGAUGGGGGACCUGUCCUGCAGAGUGGUGCCAUAUGUGGAGGUGACGUCUCUUGGCGUGACCACUUUCACUCUGUGUGCAGUGAGUAUCGACCGUUUCCACACGGUGACCAGCGUUCAGCCGCGACCUCGGCAGGUCGAGUCCUGUCAGUCCAUCCUGGCGAAACUGUCUGUGAUCUGGAUCGGAUCUAUGGUCCUCGCCACCCCUGAACUGCUCAUGUGGCAGUUAGAACAAGAGAUUUCUCCUCGGACGGGUCUACCGGUGGAUUCGUGCGUUCAGCAACCGUCCGUCAAUCUCCCGGAGACGCUGUACUCGCUCGUUUUGACGUACCAACAGGCCCGAAUGUGGUGGAGUUUUGGCUGUUUCUUUUGUUUGCCAUUACUCUUCACCGCCGCAUGCCACCUGCUCACGCGACACGUCACGGACGACAACGCCAAAACGGUGGGUAAACCCCUCCGGCCUUCAUCUACCUCCUCUUCCUCAUCGUCAUCGUCCUCGUCACCAAAACAAAAGCUGCAGCAACGACUAGAGCGUCAGAUGACCCGCACGGUUGUGGCGUUGGCGAGCGUCUACACCAUGUGCAGUUUACCGGAAAACGCCUGGAAUAUUGUGCUGACCUACACGAGUGUGGAGACCUCACAGGCCACGUGGGCACUCCUGGCUCUGAUUGGUCAGUUCCUGUUAUUCGUGCGGGCGGGAACGACGCCCGUGCUGUUGUUGUGCAUAUGUCGGUCUCUCGGGCAGGGGUUCAUGGACUGCUGUUGCUGCUGUUGUGAGGAGUGUCUGCCAGACACUUCCUCCUCAUCUUCAUCCACCAAUGCCACGGCGAUCCCCUCCCCACCAUCAUCACCCGCAUCCGUCCAGGAGCAGAAGCUGAAGAUCGUGUCGGGAGCGUCGCCCGCAUUGCCCGCCGUGUUCUUCGAUAAAGUGAAGGACAGUCCAGACGAGAUGAUCAUCGGAACGCCGUGCUGAUCCAGAACGUUCUUGUGUUCAUGCGUUGAUGAAUAUUCGCUGGACUCAGCACCGGACUAGUGUUCGUUUAUCCAAGCUGUGAAUUAAUUUAUCCAUUACUAACGUCUUUAAAGGGAUAGUUCAUCCAUUAAUUAAAACUCGUCAUUUACUUGCCCUCAUGAAUACAAAAAGAUAUGUUUAGUAAAAUGUUUGUACUGUUCUUUCCCAUAUGAUGAAUGCUCACAGUGACCAUACAAGUGUAUUUCAAAGCCUUCUGAAGACUCGCAAUGGCGUUGUGUCGAAAAACACGAAAAAGGUUCCCCUCUACCGCGGCUCUCAAACCUCAUCCGUGUAUAUCCAGAUGUGACGUCAUUGGUUCUUGCGUGUCUCGUAUCCUAUUGUCAUUGAUUUCAAACCUGCCGUAACACAUUCCGAUGUGCCAUUUAUGAAAUUAAAGCUGCAUUACGCAACUUUGUGCUCUCUAGCGACAUCUGUGGUUGAAACUUGAAACUGCAGAGCAAUUUACGUAAGAACACUUUACGCGAGUCGUGUUUCGUCUCGUCUGGAGGACGAGUCUUAUGAUUUUGACCAUGAUUGGGAGAUAUUCAGAGCCGGAGUCAUAAUGUGUUACGAUUGAACGGUAAAACCUGAAAUAUCACUGGUUUUCAUAUAUUUUUAAAUAACGAUUUUGACACUUUUUCUGACACACACUCAAAGUGCUUUUACAUAAAGAACCGGGGACUCAAUCACCUCAAUCAUUAUCCGUAUAUUUGAAUUUAAAAGUGUUUUAUCCACUAUUAAUGUCUGUAUUAUCAAUUUAAGAGGUGAAACUCGUGAUAUGGCUGAUUCGAGUUCAAUGUUUAACUUUAUUAUUGUUAUAUUAUAUUAUACAGCCUCAGUUGAUAAUGCAAGUGAACCGUUAUAUUACAAUAGUACGUCUCUGCAAUGCACACAAUAACAACGCACACUAAAAACAUAAAACAAGGAUUCAGUAAUAAAGGGGUUCAAAUAUACUUUAUUAAACUUGAUAAUAAUAUGUUUAACAAUGACGAGUCAAUUUCAGAAGUUAUAAAUGUCAGCAAACAUGUCACAGGAACUUCCCUGAUAACGUAGAUACAUCGCGAUCGGUUACUAUACGAGUAAUGUUCGAUUCAUACAAACACGACAAUAUAAGCUAUCACUAUCUACUGCUUACAUGGGAACGAGGCGGCUGGCUCUUCUUUCCGAGUUACAGGACGUGACGUAACGAAGGAUGUACGUCAUAAGCCAGCGUGCAAAAUCAUACCCCACGGCUCAAAAUACUAAUUAUAUUUAUAGGCUUACCGUAGUGCAUCGGGAUAAGAACAUUGUUUUGAAAACUAAUUGUCGAUUUGUUCAUUUUUAACCAAAAAAAUCUUACAUGGUGGAGCUCUGUCAAUCAAUGACAUUUUUAAUCAAAUUAUAUAUAUAGAAUUAACUGAUUAAUCAAAUAUAUCAAUAUUUGACAAAUAUAACAAAUAAUUAUUCAACUAUUGUAUUUCGAUUAUUAAAUAAGAUCAUUAAAUGAAUGGAACAUUAUUGUUGUUUCAGAUGAGUCAAGCGGAUUAGAGAAUACAAAAGUGGCAGUUUAUUGUUUAUUUCCAUAUUGUUGAUCGUAAGCCUGUCAUUGGCCUUCAGUUCGAAUCCAUCCAUUUCGCAAUUCAUCAAUCUACAAAGUGUUUUUAGGACGCUGGGUCAAGUUAAACAUAGUUUGAAACUGUAAAACACAUCUUGAGAGCCCUGUGUUCAGAAUUGCGCACCGUCUGGUUGCUUGAACGCAAAAAUGCAUCGUCAUCUUGUGUCGUCUGCUGUUAGGAAGUGUUGUUUGUUGUCUGCACUGCCGCAGUUGCGCUUACCGCCCCCUGCUGACUGGGAUGCAUAAACAGUUAACGUUCCUUAUUAUGGUCCGGGGGCAAGAUUAAUCGCAUAAUGUUUUUACUGUAGCCUAUAAAUAACAUGUUAAAUCAACAGCGCUAAUUUGAAUAUACAGUGUGUAAUCAUACGUUCCACCUUGCCGAAUGUAGGAGUGUUACUGUGGAGACGUAGCGUGUGUGGAGGCUUCGCGCUAUUCUCCGCAGCAUCCACGCACAACUCACCACACGCCCCACCGAGAGCGAGAACCACAUUAUAGUGACCACGAGGAGGUUAUCCCAUGCGACUCUACCCUCCCUAGCAACCGGGCAAUUUGGUUGCUAAGGAGACCUGUCUGAAGUCACUCAUAUUAUUAAAAAUUUGUGAAUAAAACUUCCCAACUUAAGACUUCAUUGAGCUCAAGACUCGCCCCCCCCCCAGUAUGUUAUCAUGCAUCUUCCAAAAUAGAUGGACAUUUUUGGGGGGUUGAAGUGUUCCUCCAUGUUGACUGUAAGAUGAGAGUUACACGAAGAAAGAUUUUCAGAUGAUGAUCGUUUUCAUUGUUGCUGUAAUUCUUUUCGAGCGGUCCAUUGUCAUCGUAAACACUCCAUCAGUGCAACGGCUGAACACGCAAAACUCAAAACUGUAAUUCAUUUGUACGUUUGAUUGUCUCUUAUUAAUAAUAACUAAUAUUUUGGCUUGUUUACACACACAUGUUGUACUGCUGGACUGUCGGUCACAGCAAACUUGAAAACAGUCCAAUGCAUCGUGUUUUCAUCGAUUUAAUGCACUUAAAUUCAUUUUAUUAUGUUUAAAAGAAUGAAGUUAUCGUUUGAUAUGAUGACUAUAUAGCUGUGGUGUUGCAAAGAGAACGUGUCAUCUGGACAAUGUGCUUUUGUGAGACGUCAAUGAUUGUGUCUCAAAGACCGUCUGAUUCUCUGCUGGAAUUAAACAACCCGUGCUGGUGUACAAACAUUAACCUGUUAGAUGAACAUGUGUUUUGAAGAGCGUGUAGCUGAACAGACUGUUAGCAUCAGAUUUUUGUAUAUCUUUUGUACUUGGUUGCAGCCAAUAAAGUUUAAAUAAGCAAGAAAUAUUUUACCUCUUCCUCACUUACACAUAAACGUAAAGAAGUACUUGUGUGAGCCGUCUGGUAAACACACAGUGAACUGCUGUUUCUUGGCUGUUGUGAAGAUAUUUCCCUCCUACAGUAGAUUCUCAGGAGCCGUGGGGGCCCAUAAAGGCCGUAUUGUUCCUCAUCCGCGACCCCCGCACUGAAUAUCAAUAGCGGCCCCUUCGCGGUUGCUAGGCUGCUUUCACACGCGCCUUUCAGCAUUCAGACCGCAAACAGCAACAGACCUGAAACAGACGCGACAUUCUCCGCUUUCUCUCUCUCUCAGAGCACCUGUUGUCGUGGAGACGGAGUCGUCUGUUGGCGGACAUGCUCUGAUGUGGAGAAGGGUAACUCGGAGGGGCAGUUCAGCUGCUCAAGUGGAAGAAUGGGGUAACAAGUCAUUUGGGUCAGAUUAAAAGAUCUGCUUGGGGAUACACACUCGCACUGAAUGAGGUCGAGUGUGUGUUUAUACGCAGCGUGUGCGAAUACGAUAGUCUUUUGAUAUCUUCUCUCGCAACCCAAACUGUCUUUGGUUUUACUCGCCCCUAGCAUACGUAGGCCAGCAAAAUAACUCAUGCAAGUACACAAAAGUUCAAACUCCGAGGCGAUAUGGUUUCCUCUAAAUGUCUGUGCCAUUAAACUAGCUGUUAUAGAGUACAACAGAUAGUAAACAACUACAUUACCCAUCAUGCAGUAGAGAAAGAUCCACCAAUCAGAGAAUGCCGGCCAACGAAACAUGUUUGUAGCGACCGCACACUCCCAUGACGCAUUGUGAAUGACGUAACUACUUAUAUAAUGGUAUAUUUUACAAUAAAUGUCAAAUAUAUUGUUUCUAUACUUAUAAUCAACAACAUAAAAUCAAUAGUUUUACACAUUCCCAUCGU